AUGGCUUCAUCUAACGAGACUCACUCCAAGGAUCACCUUGCCGAGUUGAAGGCCAAAUGCGCCAAAUUCGGCGAAGAGGCGUGUGAGCUGCUGUCCGCCAUGGCUUCAGAGAUCCGUGCUACUCAGGAUUCCGAGACUACUCAGAAGAUUACGGAUCUUCAGAAGGAGCUCGACGAGGCAAAUGCCAGCCUCAAAGCUGCAAGACAGCUUCACCAGCUCUUCGAGAAGAAGUAUCACGCUGCGGACAAUGAACUCAAGAAGAUGUCUGCCACGAAGCAAACGACGCAAGAGAAUCACAACGGAGAUCAGGCAGUUGAGAUUCGUCGUCUCGAAGAGAAGAAUGCCUCUCUCAAGACCAAACUUGGUCAGCGCGAAGCCAACAUCGCCGCUUCCUCCACUCUACCUCCGAGCCACCAGAGAUCGACGGCUGUCAAUGACACUUUUGAGCAAUGGCUUCUCCGAGAUGGCAUGCCUGCUGAGACUCCUACACCCCAGUCAGCCAUGAAUGGCGGCACUGGUGUACUCCUGUCUGAGCACAAUCUACGAAUGUAUACGCAACAUGCGGAGCAGUCUCAGCCUACCCGUAUCUACCAUCGCCAGCCAAACGAUCUGAUUGACCUAGAGUCGGUCUCUCCCGUCACAGAUCAGAAAGACGAAGCUCUUCAGCCUUCGACUACGCCAGCCAUUUACCAGGUGCUUUUAGACCAUGGCGCCCUUGCUUCCCUGACCUUGCCAAACAGUCUGCCGCAGGACGAGAGCAAUGGUCCCCUGCAGGAAUACCUCAAAGACGGCUGCAGAAUGGUUCUGAUGACCAACGUCCCCACAGACACUCCAGCGCGUGAUGUCUUUGCGAGAAUCCGAGGUGGCGCUGUGAUGAAAUUAGUUUUCACACCCCCCCUCGGCACUCCCGGUCGUACGGCUGUCAUUACCUUUGCAUCUUCAGAUGGUGCGAAGCGUUACGUCGAAUGGUGCAAGCUCAACAAGAUCACUUUCAAGGGCUCUAGUGAUGCUAUUCAUCAGGUCGACGUGAAGCUUGCAAGCGGAGAAUUCGACCAUCAGCAGGCCUACACUUUCCCGCAUAGUCGAGAGAUCGCGAUUGCUCUCACGAAGGGCCAAUCCAGAUGCGUCGUCGUUCGAGACUGUACGCCCUUCAUGGCCCGCCAGAUCUUCCGUGAAAUUGGUGCUGACCGACCUCAUCUCCGACACAAUCUCGAAGAUGUUUGGUAUGACGAGGUCGCCACGAUGAUCAUCCACUUCACCGACUUCCAGAAAGCCAAUUCGGUCUACACUACGCUCACCCGCCACAGGGCCUAUAUCGACAUCCAUCAGACCGUCUCCUUCAAGGAAGACCCUUGCGCCGGCGACCCUCAAGAUCUCUUCGAUGGUCCCAAGCCGUCAAGCGAGGGCCUCGACAGUCUCAUGGACAUUGCCGACAUAGGAGUUUUCGAGCUUGACUCCUACCUUUCCAGACAGUACGACAACGACCGAGAUUUGAACUCGCCCGUUCCUACUACACCUUCUUAUGGAUCUUGGUAUUAG